GUUGGAUGCGCGUGCCCUUGUCGCUGGCGCGUGCCCCGUCCUUCAGCAGAAUCCCUUCGCGCGAUAACGCGUCAGCAUCAAGCAAAGGUUCACUUAUAUUUCCAAUGAAUGAUACGUCUGAUAGCUGACGAACUGCAGGAGCUUGAUCCACUCUGGCAUCGCGGAUCCUUACAUCAGGGGGAGACGGGGCGUAUUUGAGGUGCGUAUAUCCACUGGAGUAGCUGUUUUGCAGAGUUUUUGAACCAUGGCGAAGAACAACAGCCUCCAUCCAAACAGCAAUGGAGAGACGGACGACUCACCAAACAUGCUGGUUUACAGAAAGAUGGAGGAUGUGAUUGCCAGGAUGCAGGAUGAAAAAAAUGGCAUACCUAUCCGUACAGUGAAGAGUUUCCUAUCCAAGAUUCCCAGUGUCUUCUCUGGUUCAGACAUUGUGCAGUGGCUGCUGAAGAAUCUAUGUAUCGAGGAUCAAGUGGAGGCUCUUCAUCUGGGCACACUGAUGGCGGCUCACGGCUACUUCUUCCCCAUCUCUGACCAUGUGCUCACUCUUAAAGACGAUGGCACAUUCUACAGAUUUCAGACUCCGUAUUUUUGGCCCUCAAACUGCUGGGAGCCCGAGAACACUGACUACGCUGUGUACUUGUGCAAAAGAACAAUGCAGAACAAAGCACGCCUGGAACUUGCUGAUUAUGAAGCUGAGAGUUUAGCACGACUACAGCGGGCAUUCGCCCGGAAAUGGGAGUUUAUAUUUAUGCAAGCAGAGGCUCAAGCAAAAGUCGAUAAGAAAAGAGACAAAAUUGAGAGGAAAAUACUGGACAGUCAGGAGAGGGCUUUCUGGGACGUGCACAGACCAGUGCCAGGGUGUGUGAACACAACAGAAGUGGACAUAAAGAAAUCCUCCAGAAUGAAGAACCCUCACAAAACAAGAAAGUCUGUGUACGGCCUUCAGAAUGACAUUCGCAGCCAUAGCCCCACCCACACACCCGCCCCUGAGGCCAAACAACCAACCGAGGAAGAGCUUCGGGAACAGAUCAAGUUUUGGCAAGCACAGUUAGACCGACAUCGAUUGAAAAUGUCCAAAGUUGCAGAGAGUUUGCUGAGUUAUACUGAACAGUAUUCAGACUAUGACCCCUUCCUGUCCACUCCUGAUCCAUCCAACCCCUGGAUAUCAGAUGACACAACGCUCUGGGAGAUGGAGGCCAGUAAGGAACCCGGUCAGACUAGAGUUAGACGCUGGGGUUUUGGAAUCGAUGAGGUGUUGAAAGAUCCCGUUGGGAGAGAGCAGUUCCUCAAGUUCCUGGAGUCGGAAUUUAGCUCAGAAAACCUCAGGUACACCUACACUUCCCCUUUAUGCCCCCUGCUGGCGGGUGAGGAGUACUACACAACCUCCAGAUCCACUGAUAAAAAGUAA